AUGCUGAGACUUGGCAAUUGUCACUCGGUGGUGACAGAACUGACGUGUGUUCUCCCUCUUUGUCCCCUCUUUUACCUGCAGAGUAACCUGAUACACUACCUGGGACUGAGCCAUCAUCUUCUCGCACUGAAUUUUAUCAUUGUUUCUUUUGGCAAAAAAAGCGCAUGGUCGACUGCCCAGGUGAAGGUGACCGACACUGACUUUGAUGGUGUGGAAGUCAGAGUGUUUGAAGGUUCUCCACGGCCAGAAGAGCCGCUGAAACGCAGCGUUGUUUAUAUCCACGGAGGAGGCUGGGCCCUGGCAAGUGCAAAAAUCAGAUAUUAUGAUGAACUGUGUACAGCAAUGGCUGAAGAGUUGAAUGCUGUCAUUGUCUCCAUUGAAUACAGGCUAGUUCCACAGGUUUAUUUUCCUGAGCAAAUUCACGAUGUCGUACGUGCCACAAAGUAUUUUCUGCGACCAGAAGUCUUACAGAAGUACAUGGUUGACCCAGGCAGAAUUUGCAUCUCUGGUGACAGUGCCGGUGGAAACCUGGCUGCCGCCCUUGGACAACAGUUCAGCCAAGAUGCCACGCUGAGAAACAAGCUCAAGCUGCAAGCCUUGAUCUACCCGGUCCUCCAGGCGCUGGACUUCAACACGCCCUCCUACCAGCAGAACGCGAACACGCCCAUCCUGCCCCGCCACGUCAUGGUGAAGUACUGGGUGGACUACUUCCAGGGCAGCCACGACCUGUUGCCGGCCAUGGUGGCCAACAACCACAGCUGCAUGAUCUUCACCAGCUGGCCCACUGACUUCGCGGUGGGCAUCCGGACGAGGCGCAGCUACAUCAAGUGGCUGGACCACAACCUGUAGGGGGUCCGGCCCGGGGGGCGCGAGCCCCUCCUGGCCCUCCGCUCCUGCGUGGGAAAGAAAGGCGCUUUGGGCUGGCUUCGCUCUCCUCCCGCCCGUUACCUGUGAGUGAUGGAUCUCUGUUCCUUGCAGACUGUGCGAUAACCUCAUUUUUUAAUGAAUUGAACUAACUCAGCUGCAGACACAUCUGGAUUUGGUUCCCGAGCGGGCCAGUCUCUCUGCUCUUGUUGUAGCCAGCGACUGCUCAUACCCACAGCUGCGGAAAACAGAACUGGGAGUUGGGCUGGUCCUGCCUUCAUAAGAUGUUCUUUUCAGAAGAAAUUCUUCCAGCUGUGGAUGACAUAAUGACCUUUAAUAAGUUAAGAAAAUGUGUGCUCUUCUUCAGCUUUGCUAGAGGUUACGUUGGGCUCAGAGCAGUGUUGAAUGUGUGCACUUUCAGGCCAGGGUGGGGACCAAGUGCCCUCUGUUCUGUGUGAACAGAUGGUUUUGUUUCCUAUGGGAAUUUCCGCAAAGGCUUUCCAGCAAGGACAAGUUUCUCAAAAGACUUUCCUCCUCUAGGGUGUUAAUUUUAUGAGAUAUCUAUAAGUCCAGUUGGAUUAUGAUGAUACUUGAAAGUUACUUUCUACUACUAUUAGAAAAUACAAAGUUGCAUGCACUGGAUAUCUAUACAUCGUUAAGUUUUUGUUGUUUUUUGGUUAUGCCAUCUCCUUGGGAAGAUCUUUUGGGAACAAAUUUAUUUAGAUUUAGAGUAAGUUUUCCGUUGUAGAACAAGUAAAAACAAACAAAUGAAACAACCUGUUGUCUCACAUAGAAAUACUUCUGACAUAAAUUACCAAGAGCAAUGUGUAUAUAUUUGGCAUAGUCAGAAAAAAAUAUAUUUAAUAUUAGUUUAAAAGUAUGAAAAAUACCUUUAGAAGGUCUAGUCUUUUCUUGAAAAUUCAACUUUUUCUCUUAUGUGGCUUUAAAAUGGAGCUAUUUUGGUAUAAUAUAUUGUUUAUUUUUAAAAAUUAUUGAAUGUUAAUAUACAUAGCUAUCCAGGAUUUUUCGGAAAGACAUCGUAAUAAUUAUUUAAAAAUCAUGGUAUUUUUCUUAAACUACCUUAGAGUUUAAAAAACUUCCUUAGAGUUAUAUCCACAUGGAAUUUUAUGGAAAGAGAGAAAAUAGCCAUUAAUACUGCUGUACCUUAAGGCAUACCUAUUUUCAUGUUUCUAUGCAUAAUCGUGUUAAAAAUAAUUAGAACUAUGACCACACUAGUAAAGUCAUCCAAGUUAAUAGUUUCAUAACCAAGGCAAGACUCACACUCUGGUGGGCUGAGGAAUGCAAGUUCAUAUUCUGGGCGAGGACGUGCCGUCACCGGUGCCUGGGUCCCUCCUGUCCCCUGCCAGCCGGGUCUGGAAGUUUCCCUUCACUUGAAGUCUUCACUGGAGCAUCUCUGGCGUCGCAAGAAACUCCAGUUCUGAUGUGAGCUGAGGGCCGCUGCUCUCCUUCCUGCCAGCCUUCCUCCUGCCCCAUCCGUGCUCCCCUCGGGACAGCAGAGGGCAGCAGUGCCGCUGAGGAACGCUGCAGGCACUCGGAGAAGAAGGCAGGACCUUCUCACUCCCUUGGGGAAGGGGUGUUUCCCAUUUCUGGCACUCAAACGGCAGAAGAUUUGCAUCCUUAUUGUUCGUUUCUAGCGUGAGCCAGUAGCAUUUCAUGUGCAAAGCAGAAGUAAACACACCAGUGUGUGUGUGCAUGUGCUAGUGUAUUCACAGAUGAUGGCGAGGCAAGUCACUCGCCCCUCUGGACCUCUUCUCCCCCUCCCCUGAAAUCAGAGAGCUGAAUCACUUGAUCCUUGAGGUCUCUUCCAGCGGCAAAUUUUGUCCGACCAGCAAGUUGUAUUGGCCUCUUCUUGUAUGGUGGUUUUUUUGGUAGGUUGUAAUUCCUUAUACACAAACACAUCAUCAAGAAUUUUCUUUUUUUCCUAAAAAACUGGGAUUUUAGUUCUUACUCUAUGAUAGCGGCCCUCCUUAUAUGAUACUGUUCUUUUUGACUCCACUCAAAAGAACCAAUGUUUGGACCUCAUUUGGGGGUCACGUGACCUACCUCUAAGAAAGAGAAAUUAUAGUGCAGGCACAAGGUUUCUUAAAAUGAUUUCCCCCCCAGAAUUGUGAGCCAGAUCCUGUGGUAAUUACAGUCAAUAAGUUAUUCCAGAUCUCUAAAAGGCGCUCUCAGAUGAAAAGGGAGUGAAAGAAAAAGGGUCAACCACUGUUUCUGAUGAAAUACUUGAGUUUCAUUGUUCUUUUAGUUUUAAUCAUAUAAAAAAAGUUUGUGCUCUGCAGAUUGAUUUUUGUGUAGUAUUAUGGCUUUGUUUUGUUUUCCUGUUUUAUGCAAAAGUUGACAAUCUUUUUGUAAUACUGUCUGUAAAAUAUGAACAUUAAUAUAUGAAGAAAAAACCUUGAAGUGCUGUGAAAUAAUAGUGGUAUGUAAGUUAAUCUUAAUGUUUUGUCAUUGAUUUGUGAAGAAUUUAAGAUUAUUAUAUAAUUACCUUGGUGGAUAUAUUUUAUGCAUGACCUUUUAAUCUUUGACUUUGCUUAUUUCCCACUGCAUAGGGGAAGGCAGAUUUUAUGAAGGAUUUUAGUAGCAAAUAUAUUUUAUAAAAUGAAAAUCCAGGAUGGAGAUGAGAAAGCAUGUAUCUGUUUUGAAUCAGGUUUGGAAAUAAAAUGGCUCCAUCUGGGAUCGUGCCCAUGUCA